CGGGCCCGGGGGCGGGAUCCAGGACCGCGGCUGCAGCUGGAGAAAAGUUGUCCUGACCAGCGCAAGAGCAGCCGCGGGAGCCUGAGCGCUGCCGGGGGCGGCCCCGGGCAUGGGGCAGCCGGCGCGGGGCCCGGGCUGGCGAUGGGUAGCGUGACAACGGCCACGAUGCGCUCCGAGGGCGCGGCCCCGGGGUGGGCGGCGCGGUACAGGGCGCUGAGCUUGGUGCUGGCCGCGCUGCUGGGCCAAGUGACAGAAGGUCGUGGAGCCAUCGAUAAUAUACAGAGAUUCUCUUCGUUGCCGCCAUACCUGCCUGUGAGCUUCCACAUCCUCAGAGCGGAAACCUCCUUCCUCCUAAAGGAGGCCAACCCUGACCUGCUGCGGAAUGCCAGCCUGCAGUCCAGGGCGGAGUCUUUCUUUACUUACAAGACCAGGCAGCCGCCAGUAUUAAAUGCCAGCUAUGGGCCUUACUCUGCAGAAAAGGUCAUACCUCUGGACUUGAUGUUGAACCCCAACUUUUUAGGUCCAACCAAUAAGUUUCCUUUUGACUGGAGGCUCAAGGCCUACAUCCUGCGGGAGAAAGUCUACUUGAGUCGGCCCAAAGUGCAGGUGCUCUUCCACAUUGUGGGCCGAGACUGGGAUGACCACAGGGUGGCGGAGAAGCUGCCCUGCCUGAGGGUCUUUGCUUUCCGAGAUACCCGGGAGGUCCGGGGCAGCUGCCGGCUGGGUGGGGCCCUGGGGCUGUGUGUGGCCCAGCUAGAUAUGCUGCCUGUCUGGUUCAGUCCCCCGACGAUAGUGUCUGGGCGCAGGAGGCCCACAGAGCAGUCAGAAGGGAAUCCCGUGGAAUUGUACUACACUCUGCAACCUGGGGGUGAGCGAGGGGAUUGCACUGGAGGUGAUACCAGGAAGGACAACGCCAUCCGUCCAGGGAAAGAUGGACAAGAGGACAGGACGUCCCACUUGCAGAAGAUUGGCAGCAUAGGCCUUUACCGUGGCCAGGACAGCACCCAGCUCAGCGAACUGCGUCUGGAUGGCAAUGUGGUCAUCUGGCUGCCCUCCCAGCCGGUCAAGCAGGGAGACAUAGUCACUGCCUCUGUUACCAUCUCCAGUAACUCGACUGUGGACCAUUUCAUCCUGAGAGCCAAGGUGAAGAAAGGGGUGAACAUUCUGACCGUGCAGACCAGCGAGCCUCGGCAGUGGGAUGUGAGGCAGGAGGUUGGCAAUGGAGGGAAGCACACCACCACCUCUGUGGCCUGCCAGCGGCUGGGCCCCGGGGCACGCAAUAGAAGCAGCAAUCUGUUCAACGAGGUCAUGCAGAUGAACUUUGAGAUCACCAGUUUCAGCAGCCUCUCAGGGACACAGCCCAUCACAUGGCAGGUGGAAUACCCAAGGAAGGGGACCACAGACAUCGCUGUGUCCGAGAUCUUCAUCAGCCAGAAGGACCUGGUCGCCAUUGUCCCCCUUGCUAUGGAUGGGUCCCUGGAGAUAAGACACCCCCCCAAGUGGUAUUCAUGGUCUCUGUCCCUGCAGGAAGCUAUAAUCAGCACCUGGCUCCAAUUCAGUGACGGCUCAGUGACAUCCCUGGACAUCUAUGACAACAAGGACUUCUCCUUGACGGCUACCUCUUUGGAUGAGGCUGUUGUUUCCAUCCCUCAAGCCCUCUCACCUUGGUGGCCCACUGUGGUGGCUGAAGGAGAAGGCCAGGGUCCACUGCUCCGAGUGGACAUGUCCAUCGCUGAGGCCUGUCAGAAAUCCAAACGCAAGAGCAUGCUGGCUGUGGGCAUCGGCCACGUGGGUGUCAAGUUUGGAUGGGACGAUGCUGACUCCAGCCAGACUGGAGAUAAGGAUGAGGAGGGGAUAAAGAACCACGCCAGUGAUCGCCGGCAGAAGAUGCAGGACCUGGAACGCCCAGGCCAGGAUGAACGCUACCAUGGCAACUCUCCUGGGGAUCGCGAGGAAGGGCCCCUGCUGAGUGCCACCACCACUGCCAAGUCCCUGCUGGAUAACAAAGUUGGGAAGAGUGGUAGAUUGGAUGGGGCCAGGCUACACAGCAUCCCCAUAGAUUUCACCAACUUCCCAGCCCAUGUGGACCUCCCCAAGGCCGGGAGCACACUGGAGGAGAAUGGUCUGAUGCAGACCACCCAUGGCCUGAGUGACCUGGAGAUUGGGAUGUACGCCCUCCUGGGGGUCUUCUGCCUGGCCAUCCUUGUCUUUCUCAUUAACUGCGCCACCUUUGCCUUCAAGUAUAGGCACAAACAGGUGCCUCUAGAAAGCCAAGCAUCCAUGACCCACUCUCAUGACUGGGUGUGGCUGGGCAAUGAGGCGGAGCUCCUGGAGAACAUUGGGGACGUGUCACCACCCCAGGAUGAACACACAACCAUCAUAGACCGAGGGCUGGGAGGCUUCGAAGAGAACAACCACCUGCUUCUCAAUGGUGGCUCCCAGAAGCACAUGCAGAGCCAGGUCCACAGGCCACCAGGCUCUGGGGGGCGGCAGGGCAGGGAGCUCAGGCAGGAACCUGCAAACUCACCCACCUCCAAGAUGAAGAAGGUGAAGUUUGCUACCUUCGCCAUCCCACCUGAGGACAGCUGCCCCACAGUGAACUCUAUCCUUGGUGCAGAAGAUGACAUCAAGUGGGUUUGCCAAGACCUAGAGGUGGGCGCGUCCAAGGAACUCAGAAACUACCUGGAGAAGUUCCAAGACAACGUGUAGUGCCAUGGCCACCUCUUCAACUUGGACAGUGUCCUCCUUUCUUCCUUCCCUCAGCAGAGUAGCUGGAUGGAGGGAGCUCCCGGUGGACUGAGUGAGGACAACCGGAGCCUACAAAAUACCAGCUAGCAGUUUAGAAGUGGGGAAGGGGUGUUUUUAUAUUCAAGGGGUUUUUUUUAGCCAUUGAGGAUGGGUUCCAGAAGUUUGAAUCUGACUCUGCAGGGAGUAUCCAAGACUUCUCUGCUCAGAGGUGAGAGGGUUAUUUUAUGAGUCAAAGUACACUGCAGACAAGCUACCAAAAAUAUUUGUUAAAAAAAAAA